UCUUGAAGAGCCGUCUCUUGUCUGGGGCUCUGGAGAGGCUGGUGGGAGACAGGAAUGGAAACUGAGAGGACAGUAGAGAGAAACUGAGCAGGGAGUUGCUGGAAGGGUUUGGAUGAGAUGACUUUUCUGCCAAGGGGUCUAGGCUGCCUGGAUUCCCUGGGGGCCCCAUAGGUGUCCUGCUCUACAUGUAGCCAUGCUCAUCUGGGGCCAGGCUUUGGAUCAGCGCUUUGAUAAGGAAGGACCCAGGAGUCAUGGCUUGGUGGUGUCUGGAUGGGCUUCCCCAAGGCCUUGCUGAGCCAUGGAGAGAACUCCGGCGAUUGGGCUCACAGCCCCUGCACCGCACACCUUCGUCAUCUCCAUCCAGGAACAGCAGAGACUGUAGAAACUUAAGGAGGAGGGUAAAGGCACUGCCCAGAAUUCUACAAGAGAACAUAGAUGACUGGACACAGAAUCUAGAGACUUCAGAUGAUAUGGAGAUGUUUCGACGUUCAGGUUCCACCAGGCUGAUACCCCCAUCCCACUUCCAAGCUCGGCCCCAUCCAACUCUGCCGAGAAUGGCUCCCCCUUGGGUCUCAGACAUUCCCUUGGUCCAGCCCCCGGCCCAUCAAGAUGUCUUAGAGAGGCUGUCAGACAACCAGAGACCUCAAGUGACCAUGUGGGAAAAGGAAGUUUCUGGCAAAGGGCAGGAGCCAGGGUGGCGAGGCAGGUCCGUGGAGCUGGCGGGGUCGCAGGCCCUGAGCCAGCAGGCUGAGCUGAUUUCUCGGCAGCUGCAAGAGCUGCGGCGGCUCGAGGAGGAGGUCCGGGUGCUGCGGGAGACCUCGCUGCAGCAGAAGAUGAGGCUGGAGUCCCAGGCCAUGGAGCUGGAGGCGCUGGCACGGGCGGAGAAGGCCGGCCGUGCUGAGGCCGAGGGCCUGCGUGCUGCCCUGGCCGGGGCUGAGGUUGUCCGGAAGAACCUGGAAGAGGGGAGCCAGCGGGAGCUGGAGGAGGUUCAGAGGCUGCACCAAGAGGAGCUCUCCUCCUUGACACAGGCUCACCAGGAGGCUCUUUCCAGUUUGACUCACAAGGCUGGGGGCCUGGAGAAAUCUCUGAGUAGUCUGGAAACCAGGAGGUCAGAGGAAGCCAAGGAGCUGGCUGCGGCCCAGAGGGAGGCUGAGCUGCUGCGGCAGCAGUUGAGCAAGACCCAAGAGGCCUUGGAGGCUCAGGUGACCUUGGCUGAGAACCUAAGGAGAUAUGUGGGGGAGCAGGUUCCUCCCGAGGUCCACAGCCAGACGUGGGAAUCAGAGCGACAGGAGCUUCUAGAAACUGUGCAGCAGCUGCAGGAGGACCGGGACGGGCUGCACACCACGGCUGAGCUGCUGCAGGUGCGCGUGCAGAGCCUCACGCACAUCCUCUGCAUACAGGAGGAGGAGCUGGCCCGCAAGGUUCAGCCUUCAGACUGCCUGGAGCCCGAGUUCACCAGGAAGUGCCAGGCCCUGCUGAAGCGCUGGCGGGAGAAGGUGUUCGCCCUCAUGGUGCAGCUGAAGGCCCAGGAGCUGGAGCACAGAGGAUGCGUGGAGCAGCUGAAGGGACAGGUGGCAGAGCUCCAGGAAAGAGCUGAAACCCAGGGCCAGGAACGGGCCAUCCUGGAGCGCUCCCUGCAAGACAAAGCCGCGGAGGUGGAGGUGGAGCGGAUGAGCGCCAAGGCCCUGCAGAUAGAGCUGAGCCGCGCUCAGGAGGCCCGGCGCCGGAGGCAGCAGCAGACGGCCGAGGCGGAGGAGCAGCUGAAGCUUGUGGCCAAUGCCGUCAGCAGCUUUCAGGCCUGGCUCCAGAGCACCAUGGCCGAGGUGGAGCGGGCCACGGCCCGGCUGCCCAGCCUCAGCGCCCGCCUCAGCUAUGCCGUCCGAAAGGUCCACACCAUUCGGGGCUUGAUGGCUCGAAAACUGGCCCUUGCUCAGCUGCGCCAGGAGAGCUGCCCCCCACCCCCACCGGCCACCGAGAUGAACCUCGAGUUGGAGCAGCUGCGGGAAGAGCGGAACCGCCUGGACGCAGAACUGCAGCUGAGCGCCCACAUCAUCCAGCAGGAGGUGGGCCGGGCCCGGGAACAAGGGGAGGUGGAGCGGCAGAAGCUGAGCGAGGUGGCCCAGCAGCUGGAGCAGGAGCUGCAGCACACACAGGAGUCCCUGGCCAGUUUGGGGCUGCAGCUGGAGGCAGCUCGCCAGGGCCAGCAAGAGAGCACGGCGGAGGCUGCUGGUCUCCGGCAGGAGCUGACCCAGCAGCAGGAGAUCUAUGGGCAAGCGCUGCAGGAGAAGGUGGCCGAAGUGGAAACUCGGCUGCGGGAACAGCUCUCAGAGUCAGAAAGGAGACUGAAUGAGGCUCGGAGGGAACACACCAAGGCCGUGGUCUCCCUGCGCCAGAUGCAGCGCAAAGCCACCCGGGAGAAGGAGCGGAACCAGGAGCUCCGGCGCCUGCAGGAGGAGGCCCGAAAGGAGGAGGGGCAGCGGCUGACCCAGCGCCUGAAGGAGCUGGAGAGGGACAAGAACCUCAUGUUGGCCACCUUGCAGCAGGAGGGUCUCCUCUCCCGUUACAAGCAGCAACGACUGUUGGCAGUUCUUCCUUCCCUGUUGGAUAAGGGGAAACCUGUGGAGUCUGGCCCAGGGAACCCUGAGUCUUCAGCGCCUGCGCCUCUGGCAGUGGCCCGCUGCACCAAGGAGUCCAUCAGAGGAUCCCUCUCCGACCUGCUGGAUGACCUGCAGGGCCUGAGUGAGGCCAUUUCCAAAGAGGAGGCUCUUUGUGAAGGAGAGAACCAGACCUCUUCUACUUCAGUCUGCCUCUGAGCAGCUGCGAUGACCAAGGAUGAGGAUGGUGGAGAAGUGGGCCCCAGAGUGGGGGGGUCCCGCCCAGCCCCUUCCCCAUCUGGCCACCGUCAGGACAACAGGCACCAAGAUGUCUGUGAUUUCUCCCGUGACUCACUAAAGAUGAUGCCUACAGCAGGAGCCUUUGUUUGGACAGUUCUCUUUAGGAAUAAAGGGAAUUUUCUCUCUGCA